CAGCUGCGCGUCGCAGACUUGGUGGUCGUGAACAACUUUCAUUCUUCGUCAAGUGGUUCUUCUGCAGGCACAAAAAGCUACUCAGCUAGUACGAAAAGUAAAAGCAGUACUCCUGCGGCUUCAAGUCGUGUUUCUAAAUCCGAAGUAAAAACAUCGGAAGGUGAGGUGGAACUGCGAGUAUUAGACUCGUCGCGCCAGCACCAGGAGCUGCAGCCACAUCGUGUUCCCAAAAAGUUGCAGCGACUGGUGAUGGAAUGUUUUGUCGGGCGGAAUGAGACCUCCACCGCGGGGGUGUGCGGGCGUCAAGCAGACCUGUCAGGCAGUACAGGUGGGGUUCUUGCUGCGUCGACUGAAGAUCAUGACAAUCGUGUGGUGGCCUGGGCACCUCCUGUACUUAAUACCACUGUGACGUCGAGCUCGAGAGGACGACCAGAUGAAGAUGCAGUGCUCGCGCCAAACAAAAUUGUUUUCGAGCAAUUUUCAUCUGCACAGACUUCUACAGAUGUUGAAGUAUUCGAGGGCACGACCGAGCAGGUGGAUGAAGACCGUCAAGAAGGGAUGCCGAAAUCUAGCUCCGCAGCGCGAGCGCCUGGGCUGAAGAACAUGACUUCUCCAAAUUUACUGCGGAUUCGGAAUUUCUAUGAGAGAAGACAAGAAAGAGCACCUUCUGGUGUGCUGAACAAACAGGCACGGAAUAAAGGCGCGUCUGCCUCGGACGACACGGCUGGUAGGGCUGAUUUGAUGCCCGGUUGCGGCGAUGCUUGCACCAGUGCAAUGGGAACUACUGCUACUUGUAUGUACGAGGAUUCGGCUAUCGUUAACAAGCCCGCCGGAACUGCGUCCGAAAAAGAAGAGCAAGGUCAUCAAGAAUCUUCCAGUAGAAAAGAUGGAGAGCAGACGCAGACACCUGCUGUGCCGCCAGGCAGCGGACACGUGAUGUCUUCCGUUGUACCGCAGUUUUUCAGUUUGAACGCAGAUCCGCUGGAACACGAUCGGUCUUUUCAAACGGCCUGCGUAUUCGGCGACGAUUGCACUUUGCUCGACUUUGACCGCCACUGCACCCUGAUGCUGACCAUGAUGACCGAGGGCGCUCUGCUUCGCGUGCAAGGCUGGCUGUCGUUCAAUGUAGUGCAUCAACUAGAACCUGCGACGCUAUUUUCUACUUCUCGUCCCGCGGCGAGGAAAGCAAGCGAGCAGGGAGCUGCCGCACCUGCGAAUGAGUCCUCUUCUGCUGCGUCUUCUACCUUAAAAGAUGAAUCAACGAGAACUUCUCCCAACUCCUUCCCACUACUUCCCAACCUCCUCUCCCCAACCGUGCUGAUCGACGCCGUUGGGCCUUACCCGGUGACCAUGAAGUUCCGUCCGCUCACGAGGUUGUUUGUCGCGCAGGCAGAACAUGAGGGCGAGAGACAUAUUGACCGAAGAACUUCGAUGACGAUCGCCCCCUCCUGGGGCCUGCACGCGGGGGUGCACGAAGCCGUAAGUGAAAGUGGAUUCGUGUGUAUGGAAAGAUGCACAGAGUAGAAAGGCCAAGACUUAGUAUUUGCAAGGGGAUGUUGACGUAUGCCUCUGCAGAAGCAGAUGUUAUACAUUUACCAAUGAGAAAGUUUAGUCUACUGAAAUUCAUCUGAGCUGCAAUUUGCUCAACAUUUCUACCGAGUUUAUUUUCAUUCUGCCACAGCACGACAAGCUAAGCUUCGCCCUAUUCUUCUGUCUCCGUGUAUAUUCUGUUCCAGUUCGAAACUUUUCUUCUGUGGAAAACGGGGCAAAACGAACAGGGACCACUUGUCUUCCUCUCGCAAUAAAAAGAAGUCCAGCGAGAUGAACUCCACACGGACCGACUUUUUGGACUACGACUCGGAGAUGCGGCAGGCUUUUCGCGCGGCGCCGCGGGGUCGGGGUUGGCGGUUCUACGACCUGAAGUUGGUGAUGCAGGACGUGGUUGCCGAACUGAGGCACACAGUCGAGCGCUUUUUGAUACUGCGAGAAACAAGCGGGGAAGGAGACCCAAACAAGCUGCAGAAAAAUCCCGCUGGUCGGUCUUCAGGAGGACCACAAGCACGCCUUGAGGAGCUACGCGAUGAACUCCCUGCUCCCGCCGCCACCGAGGACAUUUUUCUCGCGAAGAGAAGGGCGACCGGGUGGGCGAAAGAAUUAGUCGACGGUGUGCGGGAGGAAUUUCGUGAACGAGUGUUGAAAACAAGAAGAGCGGACGCUUUUGAUGUUUCGCCGGGAGUAGAUUUCGUGGACGAGGACCAGUUUUUACCGGCUGAAAACAGUAGGCGUGGUGGUGUGGUCGAUGAAAAGGGAAACCAACAGGUGGAACAAGACAGAAUAAAACGACAAAUACUACUUCUGCGCUACGAGCUGAUUGGUGCGAACGCGGUGCUGGCCUACGAUCCGCGGGAAGAUAGGCUUUUUCUGGCCGCGCACGACAAACGCCCCCUCGAGUGGACGGUUCGAGGGUCCGGCUUGUGGCUGCGCGAGGUGGGGGAGGAAAGGUGACUGGCGUCCAUCUCUGCGACGACCCUCCAAGACGCAGCCGGCCGGGGGUGGGUGUGUCACCAUCAGAAGUGUGCACUGCGAGCAGGAUCGAGGGGUGCGCCAUCUGCAAAUCAAAAAAUCGCACUGCGCAAGAAGUGAACACCGGGAAAGGUUUUUAGUCAGCACAGCAGACACUGCUAUCUAU